AUGGCGUCCAUGACAGCCCCAACUCCAGAUACGCUGGUUACCCUCAAGGUGAAUAUUGAGGGUAGCAAUCGAAGAUUCAAGCUUCCUCUUCGUGAUCUCGGUGCUAGCACUCUUCCCGAUAAGCUUCGAUUCCUUCUCGCCAUCCCCACAACUUCCGAGGCUAUCUUUGAGAGAUACUCCGAUAGUGCUGCUGCCUUCAUCGUACUCGAUGCAACCAAUCCUUCAGUUUACAAACAAUUGUAUCGUGCUGCCAAGGCGAAGCUUAAGCUUAGACUCAAGGUCACCAUCAAGGACAAAGAACCGGUCGUGCCAAAGCCAGCUUCCGUCGAGGAUGAAGAAUCAACUUCAGCCAAGCCUGUUGUAGCACAACCUGAAUACCCCUCAUUCACCAUCCCCGUAUCACACCCAUCAACCACUGAGAUCCCUAACGCCAGACGCAGCGUAGCUUUCGACUCGGAGGCGAGAACGGAAGCACAAUACAAGGAGUCAAGUGCCGCUGUGCAAGUGCAAUCCAAAGUACAAGAGCAGAUUGAAGCAAUUAUCUCCCUACAAAAAUCCUUUGAUGAGAUGGCUGUCUCUAAUAAUCACGCUGCUUACCAAACAGCAAUCGAACACGCAAAGCCACUUCCUGCCUACUUGCUGGACAGAUAUGACGUGGCUUCAGGAAGCUCAAAGUCACCAGAACCUGUUGUCAGCUCGUUCUCGGUUUACUGUAACAGUUGCAGUGUCUCUAUUCCAGAUAUCCACUAUCAUUGCAGCACCUGUGAUAAUGGUGAUUUCGACUUGUGCCCAGAGUGUAACGAUGCUGGAGUCACCUGCAAUGGUGAUCAUUGGUUGAUUAAACGCAUCGUGGAUAAGGGUCAAUACAUUCACAGCACAACCGAAAAGCUCGCCCCUAAACAACUUUCUGGCUACAGAAAUACCAAGCUUCAAUUCUCCGACUCUAAGAUUACCCUCGUCGCUCCCGCAGUCGAAGAGAAGGAACCGGUUCCCACCCGCACUUGCAACAGCUGCAUCUCCGAAAUGUCCGAAGAGAACUUUGUCACUUGCAUCGAUUGUGCAGAUUUCGAUUUGUGUAUUCAAUGCCACGUAUCAUUGAAACAUGGCCACAACCCUAAGCACGCUUUCGCUUUCGUGGAUGAGGAUGCUAACUUUGGUCCAAUGGCCUCCGCUCUUCUCGCCGCAGGUCGUAACGCCUCUCACUCUGCUAUUUGUGAUGGAUGUGAUAGAAACAUCUUUGGUGUUCGUCACAAGUGCCUUGAUUGUCCAGAUUGGGAUUACUGCGAUGCAUGCAUUGCGAAUGCUACCUUCAUCCACCAAGGUCACAGAUUUGUACCUCUCUACGAACCUGUCAGCCGCUCGUGUGCCCAACAACAAGCUAGCAGAGUUCGUCAUCAUGGUAUUUUCUGUGAUGGACCUCUUUGCAAAAACAAGCACCACACCGAAGAUAAUCAUGGUAACGUGGCUCCCGCUUAUAUCACUGGAGAUCGUUACAAAUGUGCUGUCUGCCAUGACACCGAUUUCUGUUCUGUUUGUGAGGCCAGUCCAUCCAACACUCACAACAAGACCCAUCCUUUGAUUAAGUUCAAGACACCUGUUCGCAAUGUUAGCGUUACCACUCUUGGUGAUCAUCCAAAUGGUAAACCCAUGGCACCAAUGGGUGAUCGUUUUGCUCCAACAAUUUCAAAGGCAACUGAGACCACUCCAACUCAGUCCACCAAUGCUGCAACACAAGUUCAAACUGUUGCUGAAGUUAAGCCUGUUGUUGAGGCUAAACCUGUUGAGGUUGAGCCUGUCUCUGAGAUUAAGGCUGUUGCUGAGGUUGAACCGGUUGAGGUCAAGGAGGAAGUUAUUGAGGAGGUCACUGAAGAAGCUCCAGCUCCCGUUGAAGAGGAAUUGGUUGCACACUUUGUUCGUGAUGCAGUCGCUGAUGGUACCAUCAUGACACCAAACUCAGUUUUCGAACAAACCUGGUAUCUCCGCAAUGGUGGUAAGACAUCUUGGCCUGCAGGUUGCAGUGUUAGAUUUGUUGGUGGCGAUAACAUGUGUGCUGUUGACCCGGAACACCCAGCCAGUGUACAUGAACUUGUCAGUGCUGCUGAGAGCACAACUUGUUAUACUGAAGUCGCUCCUGGUCAAGAAUACGGUUUCACCGUCUUGAUGAGAACUCCAAACCGUGCUGGUAGCUUCAUUUCAUACUGGCGUCUUACCACUCCUACUGGUGAUAAAUUUGGCCACAGACUUUGGUGUGAUAUUACUGUCAAUGAGCCAACUCCAGUCAUCAAGACUGAAGUUGCUGAGACUGAAGCUCCUAAGGUUGAAACUCCUAAGGUUGAAGCUACCAAGGUUGUAGCUCCUAAGGUUGUAGCUGAUGAGCAAGAGCUUGCCUCCGAAGUCUCAUCCAAGGUUCAAGACUUACCUGAAGCCGAGACUAGUCAAAUGAUUUUCCCAAAGCUUGAAAAGGAAUCUCCAAUCUCAAGCAUUCAUGAAGCUCAACCAUCACCAAAGGUUGUUCCAACUUCCGAAGAAAUUUUCAACGAUGACUUUGAGGAAUUCAACCAAAACUUCGAAGAUGAUGAGGCUGAGGAUGGAUUCAUGACUGAUGAGGAGUAUGAUAUUCUCGAUGCCAGUGAUGAGGAAUACCUUGCCGAGCAAGAAUCAGAAUCUAAGAAGUAA